GACACGGUAUUCAUAACCCUACCGCUUGAGCACCUUUCCAUGCAUCCUGUCCUUGUGGCUGCUAUCCUGUGUGUGUAUUGAUACCCGCUCUAAUUUUUAUCCAGAAUCCUUGCUAGUAAACCCAGCUCUGUAUCAUCUUGGUUUUGUAUAGGAUCAAGGAGGCAGUGUUUUGGGGACUUCAGGGUUGAUGGCAUUACAGUAGAAACUUGUGCUGAUAUCUUCACAAAGAUUGGUGAAGUAUAAAGGCAGCAGGAGCCACAACUGAGGGACAAACAAACAAGCGGUUGCCGUAGUAACGCUAACAAAACAUCGGAGACAGCGGAGAAGAUCACUGACAGUUUGACUGAACAGUUGUUUAGUAAUCUCUAAUAGCCCCCUUAAUUGUCGUUUGACCUUGACCCCUCCUCACAUGACCAUGUCCAGAUGGAUACGAAGCACCACCUAGCCAGUUUGUCCUUUUGUGCCAAACUAUCCUGACUGUGACAAUCUCAAAAUUAAGCAAAGGUCAAGAAAACCUGGGCCAGCACACCAACGAAGACUCUUAGUAGCGUGAAGAGUUUAACUUCAACAUCUACCUGCAUUACAAAGGUCCAAACACUGUACAAGCACGGCCACAGAUUGUGACAGCUCCCAACACAUGUUGACGAGGAUUAGCAGACUAUAGAAGCCCCAGUGAUAACCCUACACAGACCUGAAGGCCCGGACUCCCGUAGUGUCCCAUAGACUCCCCCCUCCACACCAACCCUUCACGUGUGAAAACACGGUCCUUUUUGUAUUGGUAUACGUGACAUGGCAACAGACAAAACCAUGGUGCAGACAGACUCCACACCCACCACAAUGUUAACUGUCCGCAUGAUCAUGCAGGGAAAGGAAGUAGGCAGUAUCAUAGGAAAAAAAGGAGAUAACAUUAAGAAGUUCAGGGAGGAUAGUGGUGCUAAAAUUAACAUAUCGGACGGGUCAUGUCCUGAACGUAUCGUUACGAUUACUGGAUCCACAGAAUGCAUUCACAAAGCAUUCACAAUGAUCUGUAAAAAGUUCGAAGAGGUGAGCGGGGGCCCGUAUCAAGAUCUUCAAAACACACCUACUGUGCCUAAACCCCCUGUAACAUUACGAUUGGUUGUGCCCGCAAGUCAAUGUGGAUCCCUUAUUGGAAAAGGAGGCUCUAAAAUCAAGGAAAUCAGAGAAACAACAGGUGCUUCUAUACAGGUGGCUUCAGAGAUGUUACCCAACUCAACAGAGCGUGCUGUGACAGUGUCCGGUACUGCUGACGCCAUCACACAGUGCAUAAGAAAUAUUUGUAAUAUCAUGUUGGAGUCCCCCCCUAAGGGAGCUACCAUCCAAUACCGUCCAAAACCUGUUGUCCCUCCGGUAAUCUUCGCAGGGGGUCAGGCAUACACAGUACAACAAGGCCAGAUCGGACUACAGGCACCAGAGUUUCGGCAAGUUCCUGAACAUGCGGAGUCACACAGUCAGAUUACUCAACAAUCUCAAUAUAAUAAGGUUUGGGGGCUUCAGGAUCAUAACUGUAUGCUGUCCAAACUACAUCAGCUGUCUCUAGGUCAAGCCAUCCCGUUAAUUCCACAGUCUCAAACGAUAAUGCCAGUAGAUCAUCGUAUGAUACCCGCCAUGACGGCACAAGGUAUCCCAGCAAUGGCGUAUCAGCGACCAAACAACACGGCCAUUCCAAACAGCCACCAUCAACAACAGUCACACGAGAUGGCCAUUCCAAACGACUUGAUUGGUUGUAUCAUUGGCCGAGGCGGACAGAAGAUUAAUGAAAUCAGACAAAUGUCAGGAGCCAUCAUCAAGAUCUCCAAUGCGGAGGACGGAGCCGCGGACAGAAAGGUGACAAUCACAGGCAGCCCAGAGACAAUCGGCCUGGCCCAGUACCUCAUCAACACCAGCAUGGAAAUGCAUAAGAAUUUGACCCUUGACCCGACAACCUCGACCCCUACAUCUUCUGCAACCUUGACCUCUGUUCAGUCCCAUCAUGCUCCCUUGGCAAUUCCGCUGAAUCAGCUAGCCAUGAAGCCGAUGCCUUUACUCGGACUAAACAUUGGGAUGAUGGACUCUGCUGCUGCGGCAGCCGCUGCAAAUCAGAAAAAUUUCACAGCCAAAAUGCGGGUUGGGGUCGCCACGAAUGCACUGAGGGGUGACCGAAUGAAAUUCGCUCCUUACUAACCUCAAAUUGUUAAACUUGGCAUAGCACCUUCAAGUGGUCGGCCAUAAGUUAAAGAAUGGCUUGGAACCAUCGUAUGGCCAGCCGCCAAAACAUCAUGACCGAUCAUGAAUACCAUCAUUUUGUGAUGUUAUAUAAAUAUUUAUAUAUAAAUUUAUAUAUAUAUAUAUUGACAUGUCUCAGUGGCAGUUACCAUAGUAACAGCUUGGUGUAUAUAUAUUACACAGAUACGGCUGUGGUUUUACGAGUCGACGCGUCAUAUUUUACUCCGAGGAAAGUCCAUGUAGUAGUCUUGCUGACCAAAAUGUACCAAUCACUGUCUCAUUCUCAGAUUUUAUUGUUGGAGGUGGAGCACUGUGAUAGUAAAUGUCCAGCUCAAUUUUCUGUCACCCUUUUUUUUGUUUUUUUGAUAUGUUGUAUUUUACCCAAUCCCAAGGUCCCACACCACCAAUGUUUAGUUAUCACACUCCACAUUUUCACGAUGGACAUUUCCCAAACUGUGAUAUGGAUAAAAUCAUGUUUUUAGGAGGAGGCGUAUAGUUAAUUUAGUCACCACCAAAUCAUUCCUCAUAUAUACUUCUUUAAUUUCAGGAAAUUGAAUAUUCAAGUUUAAAGCUUUUACCUUAUUUUAUGCAAUCAGAUUUUUGUAAAUAUGCGAAUUUGAUUUCUUUUUCAUAUUGGAUAUGCGACUUGGUUUUAUAGAAAUAUUUUAACAUCGGAAACAUUUUGUAUGUAAGAAAUUAUUCAUAAAAGUCUUUUUUAAGUCAACAUUCCCACAAUAAUAUGUUCAAUCAGAUGACUUUUUACUAAAUCAUUCAGUGAAAAGGAUUGCUACAUGUUUUUUGUACAAAGAAUUUUUCAAAUUUAUAAAAAUAAAAUAUAUCCAAUCAGAAAGACUGUAACAUAUCAACCAAUAGGAUCUCCUCGUGUGUCCUCGCGUGCCCAGGGCAUUAGUAGUGGCUACAAUAUGGACUUUCUGCGGGGAAAGGUAUUUAUAAAUUAUACAUGAUCCAUAGAAUGUUAAAAGAAGAUGAUUUGUAUCUUAAUUUUUUUAAUUGGUUGUUUAGAAAUUAUUCAAAACUUGAACUACUUAACUCUGUUCAUCCUAAAUCCUUUUUGUCAAAUUGUUAUCAGUUUCUUAUUUAUUUAUUUUUUGCUAAAAUGUUGUUAAAAUUUUGAGAACUCCACUGAGAUAGUCUGUAUUUUUUUGAGCCAAAGUGACGUUGAUAGUGAUACAUAUGAGUAAGGUUAACUUCUUUCAUUGUUAAAGAUAUGUGUUAAUUUGGUCAGUGUAUCGUCACUCAAAUUAGUCAUUUUUUAAUUCUGUGUCUAGCAGAUUUUAUAGAUAGUUAUUUUUCAGUAUUAAUUUGGUGUCUUUAUUAUUAUUAUUAUUAUUAUAAUUACCAUUGAUGAUAAUUUAUGAUUGGAUAACUACAGUAUGGUGCAGUUAUGGUAUCCUAAGUGAGUGUACUUAAUGAGAAUGGGAAGGUGAUAAAUAUUGUGUAAAUGAAAAAAAAAGGCUACACUUGUUGUUUCAUAAUUCUGAGAUAUUAACAAGAUUAUCAAUGUAUAAUUUUCUAGUAUAGCCCAUGUGAUGACAUUCCGAUUACAUAUCGAUUAAAAAUAUCCCCAUCCCCCCAUAAUUAUCUUUACAGGGUACUUAGCUCGUUAGAAGCUUGUACUGUUUCUAGAUAUACCUUUUUGCCAAGGAUUGUCUCAUGGGGAUUAUCAAGUCAAAACAAUGACUGUCAUAAGGCAAUACUGUCUGUCCAAAAAUAACCUUACCUAAAAUAAAAAAUUCUUGAAAAUUACAAAAUUUAUUCAGAAUUUAAUUGGAAACAAUUUUUCAGUUUGUUGCAUGGAAAAAACAAAUUUCAGAGAAUAAAAUUUCGUUAAAAAUUCAUGAAACCUUUUUUAUUACUUAAAUAAAAAAAUAAAAAAUAAAAAAAUGUCAAUAGUUUAACUUGAUUAAUUUUUUGUGUGUUGCAAAAUUGUAUUGAUUCCAUACAGGUUGUGUUUCCUAUUGUGAGGUGUGGCCCGCCGUGCUAACAAACUUGAGAGACUUAAUGCCUCAGACAGCCCAUUGCUUUGACUUGUUAGCACCAUCUGGCAUGUCUAUAUAUAUAUACGUGUACCCAUAGUGUGUUGCUGUACUUCCGUAGUUGUUAAGGUCCCGUAUUACUAGAUUGCAAUAUAUCGCCCUCGUAAUUUGUUUUUAUUUUAGGUUUUUUUUCCCAUUAAGAAUAUGUGUAUGUAUAUAUAUAUAGAAAUUAUAUACAUUAUAUAGAUAUAUAAUAUAUAUAUGAUACUAUUUGAAUUGUUCCUUAAAGAUUGUACGUACCUCUUAGAAAUGAAAUGAUUUUAAAUACAGUUAUAAUCAUUUACAAUCAUAGUCCUCAUUUGCAUAAUUUACAUUUUGCAAUAUAGUUACGUUUGCAAUAUAACUCUUUAAAUUGUUGGUGUUAAUUUGUUGCCCGUAUAUUGUGUAAGGAAGCAGCGUAAGGUUUUGACCCUUGUGUCACCCCUAAUACUUAACAAUUUAUUGAGAAGUGUUCUAAAGCUGUUAUAUUUCUUCAUGAAAUUUCUCUUGCUUUUCAUCAUAGAAUUUGCUCUCUUGUUUAUUGUAGAUAAGCUCCAAUUAAGCUGUGUACUUGUGCGAUCAUUUAAAAAAAAAAAAACGACAGCUCGUUCCAUGAAGGGUUUGCUAUGCUUAGAUAAUUUUCAAUCCCACUUGCUAAUAUGCUGUCGUAAAAACCUCUUCUGUUUGUUUUUUUGUCCUCUAAGAUAUUGUUCGUAGAAAAUCGGUCAUGCACUUGACACCGUUACUAAUGAGUUAUCUCCCCACUUCGUUACUUUUUAGGAUCACGACGGAGAUGUGUGGAUUGGGAAUACGCUAGAGUUGCGUGUGCUAUGAGGACCAUGUUAACGUGAUAUUGACCUUCAAACACGGCUCUACCGUAUCACUACAUUAUAGAGAGUUCUCUGUGACCUUGGUGCUGUGACCUUUGACCUCCAUCAUCUAGUGGUCAAAUCAAGUAUGAAACAACAUCAAUGUAUCAAUGUGUACCUGUCCAUGUAAUACAGCUUUCUUUUAACAUGAUUCCAUAAUUUAUACUGCUAUUUGAAUAUAUUUACUUCAAAUUCACUUAACAUUGCAAAAGUGCUAUUGUGUGUACUAUUUUGUUUUGAAUGAAAAUCAAAAGACCAAACUGAUCCUCACAAGAUUUUGUGUAGAGUGAUUCUUGCAAUGUACAAAAUAUUUUGGCUGUGGAAACAGGAAGUGACAUCAUAGGUCAGGUGACAUCACGGAGAACUCUCUAUAUAAAACCGAUUGUUUUAAUGGCACUUGUAGUAGCAAAGGUUUGAUCAUGUAUACACUACAAUUAUCUUUUCAUUUUUAUCUGCGCUUCCGAUAUAUAUACUGUGUGUUUUUAAUAUAUAUAUAAAAAAAAAGCUAGCUAUGGUGUGAAUUGAACUUGUCGGAUUGUUUGUGACCUGCUGUCAUAAUAUAAUAUGUCAUUAUCCAUGCGUAUUCUUUUAGCUGCAGAAACAGCUCUGGGAUAGCCCUCCCCUAGGCUAGGAUGAUAUACCACUUAACUGAUCAUAGUUCCCAAUACCAGUAGAUUCUCUACACUAUUCCAGCUAUGUAAAAUUAAAAUCCAGUGUUUCUUUCUUGGUCAGAAGAUGUUUUAAUCUCCAAUAUUGAUGUCUAUCCAGUGUUUUAGAAAUAAUUUCCCUUUAAGAACAUUUUGAAAGAAAGGUUAUAAUGGUAAUAACAUGUCUUGUUUUCCAUUUAGUAGCUGUCCCAUUUAACCAAUGGCUUAAAAACACCUGAAGUCCCCCCUAUUCUUGCCUUUGUGAUGGAACUAAUGCUUGGAUUGUUUAAGUUAUGAUCUAUGCAUGCCCUACAUCAUGUUGUUACACACAGUUCCAUACCUGUACAGUCACAUAAAAAUACCUCAGAAUUCUAGUCAAGACUCACAGGGAACACUUAGUGAUACAACCAGAAUUGUCUCCCUUGUAUUACCACUCUUUCAUCGUUUCUCCGUUAGCUUAAUCAUUAUGCUCAAUAUUAUUAUUAUAUUGUAAUCAUAUAUUUUUUAUCACGUUAGAUAAUUUAUAAUUCUUGCCAAAAAGUUUUAUUUUACUUCCAUUCAGCUCAACCAAACUUAAAUCCUUCGACUUUCACUCGUUAGACUAUUCAGUUACUAUCACUCUGAUUUAUCUGCGAUGAGGGCCUAUGUAUAGAUUGUAUUUAUACACAAAUAUAUUUAGAACACUGAUGUUAUUGUUAGCAUUAUUAUGUGAUAUCCUGGAAUAUUGAACACUAUCAGAAUUGGCAAUUUAUUACAUGGUUUAUAAUGGAAUUAUCUAUUUUUUUCUGGCAUUUGCCUACAUUUGUAAAUAUUUUAGAUUUAGUGAGAGAGAGAAAAGAGAAGAAAAAACAACUUAUGAUGAAAUAUUAAACCUUUGUGCUUUAUUUAAAUAUUAUUGUUCAGUAGUUUCUUCAAUGUUUUCAUCAUCAUGGCAUCUGCACUUUGAGAUAAGAUGAGAGAAUAAAAGGAAUAAACUAUUUUUUUGGAAUGUUUAUACAUAUUAUGUAAUACAGAAAAAAACAUUUUUUUAAAUCUCUGUUAAGUAAUUUUCUAUUGUUCGCCAAGCAUAUGCCAGUCAGUUUUUAUUCAAAUAUCAAAUCUUAGUCAUGUGACCUACCCUUGAACCCCAUGAGCGUGGACACAAGUGUCACCUAUUUAUGGCUAUACCAACUGUUUUAUCUCUCUAUCUUUGACCCUGUGAAAAUGCACUUAUAUCGCUGAAUGUGGCAUGACAAAACAAAUCACCUCUGAUAGUGUGCAGUUCUUUAAGCCUUAGAUAUUUAGUUGUGGUAAAAAAAAGCUCCAGUUAAAAUGUGUACAUGUAAUAUUUAAUCGCCCAAUGGUAAAAAACUGUUCAGUUAGGGCAUCUACGCAAACCGAAUCUUCCAUCUAGCGUCAGUUUCCUGUAUACAUGAUCAAGCCAUCUGUCAUUGGUUAAUUUCUAAACCAGGUGAUCUCAUUUGCAUAUUCCCAGGCAAAAGGUUAAGUUGUGCGCAUCCAAGAUAUGUACAUCUCUUAAAGGCAUGACCGGUUUAGGGUAUAAGCUCAGGGUACAAAUUGUUAUGAUUCAUUUGUUCAAACUGCAGGUAUACAUAUAUGAUUAUUCUUUCUCUUUUUUUUUUAUUAUUAUUAUGAUGAAAUUCCUUUCUUUCAUUUUUUCACAACUUGAUUCCAAAGGGUGCUAAGUAGGGAAGAUCUGUUAAUAUUGCUUAAGUGUUCAUAAUCGUCGGUGUCAAUAUGAUUCUAUAUUUGAAACGUUCAUAAAGGUAGCUACGAAUAUCUUUAAAUAUUUUUUUAUUUUUGUCAUAUGCACAAAUUCUUUACUUCAGUAGUAUGAAAACAGCGUCAGAGUCAUUGUUACGUAAACAAUAUUUGUCGCCUAUUCUCUAGGUUUUAACCUCAACAGAUUUAUUAAGCCAAAAUAUUUAUAUUUGUCUGAUAAUUAAAGUAUAUUUGUUAUAUUAGGUUUAACACAUUUGUAUGAUUUCCUGCCAAAAAAAUAAUACUAUGAAAAAAUACUCGUAUGGGGGCUCUGGCAAAGGGAGACAAUUCAUUGUCAAUUACAGUUUUAAAAACUUUUUUGUUUCAAAAAAUUAAUUACAAUUAAGUUCUAGUUUAGUUAAUAAGGAGAGAGAUUUUUGGCAUUAUGAGAAACAAAAUGUUAUAAUUUUGAGUUUCGAUAAGAAGCCCUGCGUGGAGCCCCGCUGUGAUCUAUAAAUACACAAUAUACAUAUCAGUGUUAGAGUGGCAGAGCACCUCUACAGUUCCUAGGACAAUGAAGAGACGUAAAUUUGUUGUUGAAAUGAUGAUGAACGUGUUCAGUAAUACUUUUGUAAGCAAUCAGUAAAACAUAUUACUUUGUUUUUUUGUUAUUGUUAACACGUAAAGGAUGUAAAAAAGACCGAGUUGGAGAACGUUGUUGUGUUGUUGUGAUGUCCACAUAUUCAGAGCGUGUCUCAUAACAUUAUGUGAUUGGCGAAGUGCAAACUCUUAUUUCAUAUAAUGACUUCAUUCAUGAUCACCUGUGCGUUUGUGUUUGAGACAUCAUAGUCACAGAAACAUUUUGCAUCUGUGGCAUUCUUUAAUUGACUUACUUGUUGAAGCAAGUACAUGAUGGACUGAGAUCAUUGUGAUUUAGUCAUACAUGCCAAUAAGUAUGUCUUCUUUGUCAGACGAUACAGAGCUCCUAACUAGAUAUGUAAAGCAUUUCCAUAGUGGGCAGGGAGUGGUUGGUUGAUUGUUAUAUGUAAUAUGUCCACAGAAGAAAAUGUUGACUUUUGUAAAUGAUAAAGCAUUAGUACAUCAUAUCCACCCUAGAUGUAGAUAUUGUGCUAACACCGAUAUCCUGACCUGGACGCUUGGUCUAGCGUAUCUGGACAACUCGGUCUAUUCAUGCCGGCUCCUAUCAGGCUGGUAUCGGUUGGAACUAUUUAUGGAAGUUGCAGUGUACUUGUAGUGCUGUUUGGGAAGUACAUGUUAUGUUGUAUCAAUGUCUCAAAAAGUUCUGUAUCUUCUGGCCAAGGUUUUGUCAUUGCCGUGGAUAUGGUUGUGGAGAAACAUAUUCUAAGCGAAAGUUUCCUGACUUUAUCAAUUUAUUCUACUGACGAAUGAACAUCAUGCUUCUUUUGCUACUGUCAAAACUGGAAACUGUAACAAGAUCAACUUAAAGACUGGUACAUAUAGCAAAUUUAUUUAUGUCAUAAUAUUUAGAAAUAUCAUGUAAUUGACAAGACUAAGUGUAUUGUCCUGAAACUUACUCUAUGAAAUGGUGUUUCUCCAUUCCCAUAUCCACAGCAGUGGCUCAUUUUGUCUAGAUUUGGCACUAGUUGUUUUCUUAUCAUAUUUUAUAUUUAAUUUUGAGGGUUUUUUGUCAUACAAUUGUAAUGUAUUAAUGAUUGAUUUGUUGACAAUGGAAAGUUCAAAAAGAUUUUUUCUUUUCACUAUCGUCACUUAAAUAAAUAUGAUGGUUGUAAUUUAAAUAUAUACAUUUAUUAUAAUGAUAUUUUUGAUAGCCUCUCACCCCUUGUGUUUGGAAUAGUAUGAUCCGAACGAUGAAUAGACUUGUCUAUUAUAACUGGUAGGGGGUGACAGGUCAUCAGGAACUGUUGCAGGCCACAAAGAGUGGAGCAUGAGUGUUGGAUAUGUAGUCUGUAUCGCCAUAGCGACAGUAAAUUUCUGUAACGCCGUGGCGACAGUAAAUCUUGUACAAGCUGUAUAAAAGUGUUGCCAAACUCAUGAGAAAAUAUUAAUAAAGAUUUGGAUUAUUUAAUUUA